CCUUCGCAGCCUCAGAAGAUCUUCAUGUAACUGACUGAAAAAUGGUUCUGCAAGAUGACAGCACCAAACCUAACACAGUUAAAAUGGAGACUGUCUUCACUUUGACAUGAUGUGUGAAGUUUGUUAGCAUUUUUUGUUUGUUUUUUUUUUUACAGUUACAGUGUGAAGGUUACAAAUGGUGUGGGUUUUUAUCAUGAAUCGAAUGAGCUCCCAGAGCAGUUCAUACACUCAGCGCAGGCGAAUGGCUCUAGGAAUUGUCAUUCUUCUCCUCGUUGAUGUGAUAUGGGUUGCCUCUUCAGAACUCACUUCUUAUGUUUUUACAAAGUACAACAAACCUUUUUUCAGUACAUUUGCAAAAACAUCCAUGUUUGUUCUAUACCUCUUGGGAUUUAUUGUUUGGAAACCAUGGAGGCAACAGUGUACUCGUGGGUUUCGUGGAAGGCAUGCAGCUUUUUUUGCAGACGCUGAAGGUUAUUUUGCUGCUUGUACAACAGAUAACACUGUAAACAGUUCUCUGAGUGAACCUUUAUAUGUUCCUGUAAAGUUUCAUGAUUUGCCAACUGAAAAAAAUGGCAGUAAUAAUAGUGAUGCAGAGACAACUCCCAAAAAGCCACGUGUAAGGUUCAGUAAUAUUAUGGAGAUUCGACAACUCCCAUCGAGCCAUGCAUUGGAAGCCAAGUUGUCUCGUAUGUCAUAUCCAACAGUUAAGGAGCAGGAAUCAAUAUUAAAAACUGUAGGAAAACUCACUGCGACUCAAGUAGCAAAAAUUAGCUUUUUCUUUUGCUUUGUGUGGUUCUUGGCAAAUUUCUCUUAUCAAGAAGCUCUGUCGGAUACACAAGUUGCCAUAGUUAAUAUCUUGUCUUCAACCUCUGGACUUUUUACUUUAAUCUUAGCUGCAGUCUUUCCCAGUAACAGUGGAGAUAGGUUCACCCUGUCCAAAUUAUUAGCUGUUAUUUUAAGCAUUGGUGGUGUGGUACUUGUUAACCUUUCUGGAUCUGAGAAAUCUGCUGGAAAAGAUACAAUAGGUUCCAUUUGGUCUCUAGUAGGAGCCAUGCUGUACGCUGUGUACAUAGUAAUGAUCAAAAGGAAAGUAGAUAGAGAAGAUAAACUUGACAUACCAAUGUUCUUUGGUUUUGUAGGGCUGUUUAACCUGUUGCUGCUGUGGCCGGGGUUUUUCCUGCUUCACUAUACUGGGUUUGAAGCGUUUGAGUUUCCCAAUAAACUGAUAUGGAUGUGCAUUGUCAUUAAUGGCCUUAUCGGAACAGUUCUGUCAGAGUUCCUCUGGCUGUGGGGAUGCUUUCUUACCUCAUCACUGAUAGGCACACUCGCGCUAAGCCUUACAAUACCUCUGUCCAUAAUAGCUGACAUGUGCAUGCAAAAGGUGCAGUUUUCCUGGUUAUUUUUUGCAGGAGCAGUACCUGUAUUUUUUUCUUUUUUCAUUGCAACUCUCUUAUGUCACUAUAACAACUGGGAUCCAGUGAUGGUGGGAAUCAGAAGAAUUUUUGCCUUUAUUUGUAGAAAACAUCGAAUUCAGAGAAUGCCAGAAGAAAGUGAGCAGUGUGAAAGUCUCAUUCCUAUGCAUAGUGUUUCACAAGAUGGAGAGAGUUGCUGUUCAUAGACAAAAGGUAUGCUGUGUAACCUUCAGACAGUACGGAGAGAGUUUAAACAUGGAAUGAUGCCCAGCAAAGAGACAAUCUUCUGGAAAAGUCCUAAGGAAUCAUGCUUCAGUGCCUAUUCUGAAUUUGUAGUAAAACCAAGAAGUUUCAGUUCUUUUGAAACUCUAAACUUUUCCUCUCUCUUGCUUUCAUCUGGUUUUAUAAAUGAACAAAUUUACUACAUGCCUGUCACCAUAGGGAGUCUUAGUCCAUCUGAGCAACCAACCUGCCUUAUAACACUGAGCUGGUGAAGUUACUUGACAAAAUCAAGAACACAAAUGCUGUUAAAUGAUUCCUUUCUUUUUUUAACUCACAAUUUUGUUAAAUGCUGGACAAUAUUAUUUUUAAAAAAUACUUUCAAGUGAGUUAUGUAAAUAAGUUCGCAGGUCAUCAAGGCUUUCAGAUGAAAAGCUAAAUAGAUAUGUUACCUGGAGUAGGUACAAAUUAACUUUUUUAUGUUGUAUAAACUAUUUGCAUAUUAAUAGAAGAAAAUAGAAAAAUAAUUUAUUAAGUGCAUUCUUGUAAUUAUUGAGGCAGGAUCUUUGUACGGUCCUGGAACACUACAUAUAUAUUGUCUUAUGCCAUUUUGAGAAGCCUUGUAAUGGCAACGGGUGCCGAUGUUUAAAAAUCUUUCGUUACCUAACGAUCUGGAGUGUUUAAAUUUUAGUGAAUGGUAAAAUAUCUCUAAUUACAGUACCUUUGGGUGUCCAUUCUCAAAAUCACUGUUUUAAACAGACUGAUUCUGUAACCCAUUCUUACUCCCAUUUAUUUGACAUGAAAACUAAAUCUGAAAAUUUUCACGUUAGAGCUGCCAAGUAAUGAAGGGGAUCAAAUUAAUUGUGGAAGUUUUCAGUCAAUGGGUUGGCACUAAAGUAAUCUCCUAAACAAUCUGAAAGAUGAAGGUGUUUGCAUUGAUUUAUUUUUUUUUAGUUACAUUAAUAAAUUUGUUAUAAAAGUGAUCAUUUUCCUUAACUUGUAUCUUCCUUCCACUGCAGCGCUUCUGUCCUAUUUGAUUCUGAAAAGUUAUGAAUAAUUAUAUUCAGGAAUUUGAAACUAGUCAGUGCCAUUUUCCAACUUCUAACAAAUACAACACUUCAAUUAAAGUUAAUUUUGGCUUUUGAUGGAUUUUUUUAUUUUUAUAGUGAAUGUAGGAUGGAUUUUCAGCCAACAGUAUUCUUUUCCAUGUAACAAGAUUAUUAGCAGCAUAAUUCCACCAUCCUUCCACAUAAAUACAGAAGGAUGAUAAAACAUAAAUGCAUUUUCAUGUUUUGAUACUUGGUAAUGAUCCUUCUGAAAGAAAUGUUGGUGUUUUGGUGAUACAACUACUAGAUGAGAGGGAAUGCAGGAAAGCAAUACGCAUAGCUAUACAUAUAGAAGGAUUGAUUAGCCAGCAGCUACACUUUACUGUAAAAAUCUGGAAGUGGGGGGAACACACACAAACCUGGGGGCUAUUCUCAUCAAACAUUGCAUCUUUAUCAAAUUUUUCCUUCCACUUUUUAAUAUUGGGUUACACUACAAGUCUCAGUGGAACCUCUUUAAGAUGAGAUGGUAAGUGCUUCUUUGGAUGCAUGAAAUAGGAAUGAACAAAACCAAGCAACGAAACCACAAACCCAAAACAAAGAAGCUUAUUAAAUUUAUGGAGGCAUUUUGAGGAACCUUACAUUUCAAUUCCCAAACCCCGUAAGUAGAGGGGUUGAAAAUGCAGCAUGUAGAACUAAUUUUACAUUUCACUUUAGUACAAUUUUCAGGGAUUUUUUGGUAAGUGGAAUUUCCUUGGGUUUUUGUUUUUUUUUAAGGAAUAUUUUUUUUCUUCUAAAUUAGGACAAAUUAGAGGAUAUCAGCUUCUUUCCAAGAAAUAAUGUUAUGGUCUGGUGGCAAUAAAAAGCUGAUGUCUGUUUUCAGCUAAUGAUUGAAUGAGAUCAUACCGAAUAUGUAAUACCAGACAUUAACCACAAAUUUAAAUCAGUUGGGACUUGUGGCAUCAGCAAACUAAGCUUGGGAAAACUGAGUUUGCCUUCAGAUGGGCAAUUACAGUAUUUUUCGUAAAAUAUUCUAAUACUGCCUUUUCAAAUUGGCCAUACUGAUAGAAUUGGAGUUGUAAUGUAUAAUGGGCAAUCACUAUUCAUAUUUGUCCUUAUGGUCAUAGCUGAAAGUGAAAGAUUAGCAUAGUCUCCCAGGAGAAUAUUCUUCUGUCUCUCACCUCAGGAAUGUUGAAGAAUGUUUUUGUUCAUAAACCUCGAAGUUAAGGCCUUUCUACUGUUUUUCUUUUUAAAAAAAAUUAACACUUUUUAAAAUAAAGAUAUUUAAUAUUUUAAUCUCACGGCACUAGGUAGCUUGAGCAGUCUUUUGCAUUAAAUUACAGUUCUUGAAUGAAUAAGAAACAAAGCAAACUGUCCUUCCUGAAAGGAUUUUUAAACAGUGGUGCCCCUGUAGUUACAAGAAAUGUGUUACAAUUUUAAUUACGGAAGCUAUGACAUGUAACAUUGUUCCUGCAUUUAAUAGAAUGAUGAGGUUUUUUUCUAGAAAAUCUUGUGAUUUUUAGUACAAUAAUAUUUUAUAAAUAUAAUGUCUAAUUUGAAAUGUAAAUUGCGUAGCUCUCUAAUGGGUGCUUGGUAAAUGCACAAGAGAUUUAGCUUUGAUUCUCAGGUACCUCUGAUGUAAUGGAGACAUGCUGGGUUUUUCUUCCUCGUGACACAACUGGAAUGUGAAGGAGCUCUCUCCUAAAUGCUUUAGCUCUGUGUGCUAGCAUAAAUUGUCAUUGCUCUUACUGUUUCAAUUUGGGAAUGUCUUUAUUCUGACUGAUUUCUUGUAGGAAGCACAUACACUUAAAAAAAAAAAAAAAAGACUUUUUCUCAAGCAUUUCUUUGAAUGUCAUUAGACACUUAAGGAGCAGUGAUUUCCCAUGCCUACAAAAUGGAAAAUGAAUACUACAUGUGUCGCUCUGUCAAACAGUUGAACUAAUUCCUGUAAUCCUGUGAGACAACCAAUAAUUUCUUCUGUGUUUGAGGUUUUGAAGCUCUCUAGGUUUUAUACAUGGAGGGGAUGAUGAUAAUUUGCCAAAUGCCAUGUAGCACGCCUUUGCUUUUAAGGUUUUGGUGUGCUCUUUCGGUUUUGGUGAGUCUUGCGUAAUCUGAUGUACUGUGUGCUGCGCUCCGGAGUAAAGGGAGGAAAAAGGAUUUCCA